UUCCCAGCGCACCAGACACCGGGGCGGAAGCUGCGGCCCGAGCCGCGCAGGAAGCCGGGACCGUAACCUCGGCUGGCCCGGCCCCACCCCACUCACCUGAGCAGGUCGCUAUCAUCCUCGGAGCUCAGGGGCACGCACUGUGAAGGUGACCCCCGUGGGGAGGAGGGCGACGGUCCCUGGAGGGAUGAUGGCCGGGGCCCACCUCUCCCAGGCCCGCAUCCCAGCGGUCGCCGUGUGGCUCCUUUGCGCGCUUGGCCUCCUGGGCACCGAGGCCGGGCCGCCGCCCGUGACCCCCGGUCUGCUCACGGCCGACAACUGCCUGGACCGCUUUACCCCCGGGGUGCCUGCCUUCGUGCUCGACACCGACGCCUCGGUGAGAAACGGCGCCACCUUCCUGCGCUCCCUCACCGUGCGCCGCGGCCGGGACUGCGUGCACGCCUGCUGCAGCUCCAACGACUGCAAUCUGGCGCUGGUGGAGUUGCAGCCCGACGGCGGGGAGGACGCCAUCUCCUCCUGCUUCCUCAUCAACUGCCUCUACGAGCAGAACUUCGUGUGCAAGUUCGCGCCCAGGGAGGGCUUCAUCAACUACCUCACGCGGGAGGUUUACCGCUCCUACCUCGAGCUGCGGACCCAGAGCUUCGGAGGGUCCCGGAUCCCCAAGGCCUGGGAAGGCACAGACUUGAAGAUACAGCCACAGGAACCCCUGGUGCUGAAGGGUGUGGAGAACACAGAUUGGCACCUACUGCAGGGUGACACAGACGUCAGGGUAGAGAGGAAUGAUCCAGACCAGGUGAAGCUGUGGGGACUCAAGGAAGGCAGCUACCUGUUCCAGCUGACGGUGGCUGGUUCAGACCAGCCAGAGAGCACAUCCAACAUCACAGUCACCGUGCUGUCCCCCAAGCAGACAGAAGAAUAUUGCCUCGCCUCCAGCAAGGUGGGCCGCUGCCGUGGAUCCUUCCCCCGCUGGUACUACGACCCCACAGAACAGAUCUGCAAGAGUUUCGUUUAUGGAGGUUGUCUGGGCAACAAGAACAACUACCUUCGGGAAGAAGAGUGCAAGUUCGCCUGCCGCAAUGUGCAAGGCCCCUCAGUGGAAAGGCAUCAUCCAGUGUGCUCUGGUACCUGUCACUCCAGCAAGUUCCGCUGCAGUGAUGGCUGCUGCAUUGACAGCUUCCUGGAGUGUGAUGACACUCCCGACUGCCCUGACGCCUCUGAUGAGGCCAUCUGUGAAAAAUAUACCAGAGGCUUCGAUAAACUUCAGAGGAUCCAUUUCCCCAGAGACAAAGGCCACUGCGUGGACCUGCCAGACACAGGCCUCUGCUUGGAGAGCAUCCCCCGCUGGUACUACAACCCGUUCACUGAACGCUGCGCCCGCUUUACCUAUGGCGGUUGCUAUGGCAACAAGAACAACUUUGAGGAGGAGGAGCAGUGCCUUGAGUCCUGUCGUGGCAUCUCCAAGAAGGAUGUGUUUGGUCUGCGGCGGGAAAGCCCCAUUCCCAACACAGGCUCCGUGGAGGUGGCCAUUGCAGUGCUCCUGGGCACCUGCAUCGUGGUGGUGGUAGCCGUCCUGGGUUACUGCUUCUUCAAGAACCAGAGGAAGGGCUUCCACAGACACCGCCACCACCACCCCCCACCCUCUACCCCCACCAGCUCCAAGGUAUCCACCACUGAGGACAUGGAGCAUCUGGUCUACUACCAAACAACCCAACCCCUCUGAGCCUGGGGCUCUAGAGGGCUCUCUCGUCAGUUCUCACCGGCCCUGCUUCCUUCUUGCCAAGAUGGAGGCCUGGGCUGAGGAAGACUUUGGGACCAGACUCCUCCAGCCUGUUUCCCAGGCUGAUCUGCCUCUAGGACCAGGGCUCCAGACCCUCUUGGAGGUGUCUCAGCUAAGCUCAGGCUACUUGUUCCUGAGAAAGCUCAAGGGUCUGCAAGGAGCAGAAAACCUCUGAGCCAGGAGUCCCACGCAUGGUUGGACCCGUCUGCCUAGGACUUCAGAGGAAGCUGGAAUUUUGCUUCCUGUUCAGAGCUGCCUGCCCCCAUCCCAUGACCUUGGGAAGGAGCCUGGGGUGGCAUCAGAGGCUGGAGGCCCCAACUCCGUCCUCCAGAGCUGCCCCUCCCACCCUGCAAAGUCCAGGGCUGGGGUCGGGGGGAGGAGGUCCCUGUAUAUUCUGUGUUGUACAGAGCUGCUUUCUGUUUAUUUAAUGCCAUGGCGGGUGGGUGAGAAGAGUGGAAAGCGGCUCUCUGGCUGCUGCCGCCUCUUCCCCUUCCCCGCGGAGUGAACCCCAACCUGGCCUGGCCUGGCACACACAGCCAGAUCCUUGGCACCCCCCAGGGCCCUGCAACAUCACACUCCCUCCUGCUCCCCUACUUCCCACCAGCCCCAGUCCACCCACAGUGUAAUAAAGUGAUUUGUCCU